UGUGUGAUGACAAAGAAAAAAUUGUGCUCCGUCGUGAUCGUAAUAUUUACGUUAUUUUUGAUGUUUUUUGGUUGAAUUAAAUUAUUUAUUUAUAUUUUUUUAAUUAAUUAACGUGUUGUUAAUCCAAUGAUGCAUAAAUUUUUUGGUUUUUUUGCGUUAUUUUCUCUAAAAAUUGGAUAUUGUCAAUGACAGUCAAGACGCAACAAGCAAUGACAAAUUUACAACAAAAAAAUGGAUAAUUUUUGGUGUCAACAAGUGUGACUAAAAAAAUUUGGAAAAAUGUUUUGGAUAUAUCAAAAUAGAGUCAGACUGGAUGUCAACAAGUUUAAACAAACAUUGGCUAAAUUAACAUGAGAUUAUUAUCUUGAAUGACUCAUAAUUGUUAAUAUUAAAAUAAUGUUUAAAAUGGUACAACAUUAUUGGAGCCAAAGUUAUGCUCAAAUACACUAUCAUCAAUUAUCCUUGUCAAUAAAUCAGGUGCAUUAGUAAGAUGAUUAAAAACAAAAAGAAAUCAAAACAAUGAUGAUGCUGUUGACAGAGAUUAAAAGUACGUUGAUUUUUUUUAAGAACAUUAUGGUUGUGCAAGUGUAAUAUUAAAGUCCAAUAUUUAGAGUAGUAUUAUUUCAUCAAUUAAAAAAAAAAGUAUAAAUAUUUAAGCGUUAAAUCGUGAGUGAAAUUGUAAAUCAAAUCAGUGAGUUAGUAUUUUUUAAAAAGUGUCUGUGUACAAAGUCUAGUUGAUGACAAAUUGAUGAAUUAGCUGGUACAACCUGAGGACAUCUGAGUUUCAUCAAUAUGGCUUUGCAGAGUAUUUCUUCUGGUGCUACAAUAGGCAAACGGAUAUUACGCAAUGGGUUACGGAACUGAAAUGGACGGCUGUGGUCGUUUUAUGAAGUAUUCACUCUUUGUUUCAAAUUUUAUUAUUUUUAUUGGAGGAUGUACUGUUGCUGGAUUAGCAAUCUGGGCACUUGUUGAUCGAGUACCUUUUAUAACUGAAUUACUUGAAAAUAAUUUAUUGACUGGUGCUGUUUAUGUACUACUUGUUGGUGGUAUUAUUGUUGCGUUUAUAUCCUUUUUUGGUUGUCUUGGUGCAUCACGAGAAGUUAAAUGCAUGCUUCUCACUUAUUUUUUGAUAAUAUUUCUAUUGUUCGUGAUGAUGCUUAUUGGAGGAAUUCUUGGAUAUGUUUUUCGUUCAAAAGUGCUGGGUUCUUUGGAGCAGGAAAUGAAGACCUCAAUGACGCAUUAUGACAGAAUUAAAUAUCGUGAAGCUUGGGAUGCUACUCAAAGAACACUUCAUUGCUGUGGUGUCAAGUCAUGGAGAGAUUGGAAUUCAGUUGGUAUUAAUUUGCCAAAAUCUUGCUGUCGUGAAAUUCAGCCUGGACAGUAUUUUAAUUGUAAUGCAAAUUCAGAGUCACCCAAUGUAUCAAAUACUUAUACAAAAGGAUGUUUAAAUGGCACUGAACUUUACAUCCAAAGACAUGCUUCAAUUAUUGGAGCUGCUGGUAUUACUGUUGCUUGUCUCAUGUUAUUUGGCAUGAUAUUUUCAUGUGCACUAUUCAGGAUGAUAGAAUGACGCAGAGAGUUUUACGUACCUUAAGGAAAUUAACAAAUU